UAAAGUGUAAACAGCAUGUCCGAUUAUGAGAAAAUCUUCGUAUUAUUACAAUCGUACCCAGCCAUUACCGUGUGCACGGCAGUGUGUUUGAUGGUAUGCAUUUGGCAGUUGCACGCAGCCAUCAUUACCUUUCUGGUGUGCGUGUGCGUGGCCGCUACCACUCUGAUCGUAUGCAACUUCACUUGCGCGCUUAUCAGUCUUAUUAAGGGUCGCCCUAUCUCGGAAGCCCGUAGCCUUCUGCAAGUGUCUGCAUCUCUGAUUCCCUGGGUGAUCAUUCCGCCAUCCGUUGCAGACAGAGAAAUAUCCUCGAUCUCGGGCAAGCGAGCGGGCUGUAUUAGAGAUGACAGUACGAUAUAUAUGGACGUGAACGCCACCACACCUGUUGAUGGCCAUGUGGUUGACGCGAUAUCAGAAGCGUGUACUACGGCCUGGGGAAAUCCCUCGUCGAGCUACGCGUCUGGCGUUGCUGCAAAGGAAACUAUAUCUGAGGCGAGAGAAGCAAUCGCACGCAUGGUCAACUGUGACCAAAGUGAUGUCAUCUUUGUGUCUGGGGGAACGGAAGCGAAUAACAUGGCUGUGCACUCUGCGGUAGAUAGUUUCGCCAAGGGGUCGAGCGGUCCUACGGGCACUCUGCCACACGUGGUCAUGUCUAAUAUUGAACACGACAGUGUGAUGCAGCUGUGUGAAGUACUCGCUGAGAGAGGGGCGAUUGAGCUGACGAGGGUCAGAACGUCAGCAUUAGGUACCGUAUUUGCGGAAGACUUCGCGAAGGCGAUCAAAGUGAACACCGUGCUUGUCACAAUUAUGCACGCGAAUAACGAAACGGGUGUAGUACAACAAGUGCAAGAGAUAAGCAAGCGGGUCCGAGAACGUAAAGCAGAGUUGGGGGGGAGCAAAAUAUACAUUCACACAGACGCCGCACAAACUAUAGGCAAAAUCCCAGUGGACAUACGUGCUAUGGACGUGGAUUAUCUGACAAUUGUGGGACAUAAGUUCCAUGGACCAAGAGUUGGGGCACUGUGCGUGCGCGAUCUGGAAGACGCGGGUGCCCCAUUAAGUAACAUGAUGUUUGGCGGAGGACAAGAGCGAGGUUAUAGAAGUGGCACAGAGAACACGCCCAUGAUCGCGGGCCUUGGAGAAGCAGCACGCAUUGUAUGCGGAAAUCGACGAUCUGACAAAGGCACGCCCAAUCCGUGUCAAAGAAAUGGUGAAACAGUCGAGAGUGUGGGUAUCCGCAUGCGUGCAUAUAGAGAUAAAUUUGAAUUGCUGGUGGAGCAGUCUGUAGGUAAGCACAACGUCAUAUUCAAUGGCAAGAACAAAUCGGUGGAGAGAUUGCCAAACACAUCCAACUUCUCGCUCAGACAGCCUCCUCAGCCAGACACCGACACACCUAUCUUUGUAUCUGCGCGUGACAUUCUCGUUCACACAAAAGUGUUGUGUGCGAGUGUAGGUUCGGCGUGUCACACGUCCAGCAGCAAGCCGUCACGAAUUUUACUGGCCAUGGGUAUCUCAGAGGAGCUAGCUCGGUGUACAUUUCGCAUAAGCAUGAGUCGGGACACAACGGACUUCGAAGUUUUGAGAGCUGCACAGUUAAUUACGCACGCAUGGUCCAAUUCCGCAGGUCAUUUCAAAAAUGUUAAAGCAAUCAGUAAGUCGCCUGCAACCGAUACGAAGACUAUGGAGCAGGCGAGAAAGGAAUUGUAA